AUGGCUUCCAAGUCGUCGGCGACAACGACGGCGAAUACUUCCGCACCCUCCACGGCCGCAUCCUCAACACCCUCAACAAAACAUAUCUCCUCCCCGUCGACAACGACGAAGUCAAGCGCUCAGACAUCCACCACCGUCUCGUCCAAUUCGUCUUUGGAGGCAGGAACUACAUUGGGCCCUUCAAAGAAGCCCUCCAGUUCGGCCAGCAGCGCAGAGGCAUUGCUGGACCUCGGCACAGGCGCCGGUAACUGGGCAAUCGACAUCGCAGACGAGUUCCCCAGAGUCGAGGUCAUUGCCGUCGACCUCGCACCCAUCCAGCCCCGGAAAGUACCCCCAAACUGCACAUUCGAGCUGUGCGACAUUGAUCAAUGGCCCAUUCCCUACCCUGAUGCCCAUUUCGACGUCAUACACGCACGCUCAAUACACAUCGGCAUCCGCAAUUAUCCUCGGUUUCUGCGCGAAGUCGCGCGGCUCCUACGGCCGGGUGGCCUUGUCCUCUUGGUGGAGCCGACUCUCAAUCCAUGCCCCCCGCCAGCCCCUCAAACACCGAUGCCCGGCUGGGCAGCCCUCUGGGAAACUUACCGUGCAUGCCUGACAAGACAACAUAUCGACGUCACUGUUCCAGAACGUCUAUCUAGCUUGUUGGCAGCGACAGCUGCCUUUGAGAACAUCAUCGUCCGAGAUGGGAACGUCCCUGUCGGCUUCUGGCCUCAAGGUCUCGUUUAUUUUUAUCAUGACCAGCUCUCACCACUUAAAUCAUAG